ACAUGUUCUUAAACACCGUAUAUGCCUUAUUGGCAAAGCCACAUUUUGCGUACAUGUCAAUAACUGCAUUGCAAACUUGCACGUUCAUGUCUAGCUUCUCUCCCAUGAUAUAACCGUGAACCUUUUCGCCUUCUUUCAAAGCACCCAAUUGCGAACACGCCGAGAGAGCCCCAAGAACAGUGAUUUCAUUAGGCUUCCAACCCUCUACCCGCAUUCCAUUAAACAACUCUAUAGCUUCACUGGGUCGACUUCCCUGAGCCAGCCCAGCAAUCAAAGCGUUCCACGAGGCAAUAUCUCUGACAUCCAUUUCAUCAAAUACCUUCUCGGCACUAUCAAGAUCGCCAGAUUUAGCGUACACGUCCAACAAAGUAGUCAUCAAGAGAGCGUCGGCAUAGAAUCCAAAUCGCACAACUUGAGAAUGUAUCUGCAUGGCCUCGGAGCGAGCCAGCAUACGUGCACAUGCCUUGAGAGCGAAUGAGCAGGUGAGCGCAUCCACUCUGCAGGACUGGCGCGACAUGGUUCCGUACCACAAGAUGGCCCUCGUGGGUUCGGGGCCGGCGGCGAGGCCCCGAACGACGGCGUUCCAAUCAUUAGUUGAUGGAUUUUGGAUGUGUCGGAAUAGGUGGGUGGCGUAAGAGAGGUCACCAAAGGGGGAGACGGCGCAGAGCUCGAGGAGUUUGGUACGGGAGGGAGAUAAGAGAAGUUGGCCGGUGGUUAUGAAAUGGACUUGGAGCUGUUUGAUGUGAGAGAGAGAGUUGCAUUUCUGUAUCAACGACUCAAGAGAGUGAGAAGAGGAUUUCAGCAUAUAAGCCUGAUGGAUUUCAGCAAUGGUUCUGUAUCAAAUGAUCGUCGGAAGGUUCACAAGUCUGCCUUUGAUAGUGCAGAUCGGCUAUCUGUUUCUUUGUUGAAGACUUCUCCCAAGUCUCCAAUGUCCCCAAAGUCACCAAGGUCUCCAAAGGUGCAAGGAAAACAUAGCCCAUUCAAGCAUGACAGGUCUUCACAUUCUCCAAAAGACGGGCGUCCUAAAAAAAGUGGUUAUGGGGGAAAAGGUACCUGGGGAGGGUUACUUGAUACAGAUGGUUCCUAUUUUCUUGACCCUAAUGACCCAAACUAUGAUAGCAGUGAGGAAUGCGAACCUUUAGAUGCAGGAAAGUCGACAGGGGAUUUUGAGGAGUACAAAAAGAAGGCUAUCAUAAUAGUGGAGGAAUACUUUGUCACCGAUGAUGUAGCCUCAACUUCGAAUGAAUUGAGAGAACUUGGAAACCCUCGCUAUAGCUUCUAUUUUGUCAAAAAACUUGUGUCGAUGGCUAUGGAUAGGCAUGACAAAGAAAAAGAAAUGGCUGCUGCUCUGUUAUCUUCGCUAUAUGCCGAUGUCGUUGACCCCCCACAAGUUUACAAAGGCUUCAGUAAAUUGGUAAAAUCUGCUGAUGACUUGAUUGUGGAUAUACCAGACACAGUUGAUGUUCUUGCUUUGUUCAUUGCUCGAGCUGUGGUUGAUGACAUACUUCCUCCUGCAUUUCUGACUAAAGAAAUGGCUUCAUUACCUAAGGAUUCAAAGGGGAUUGAAGUCUUGAAAAGGUGUGAGAAGGGAUAUUUAGCAGCCCCUCUUCAUGCAGAUUUGAUUGAGAGGCGGUGGGGAGGUAGCAUGAAUAAAACAGCUGAGAAUGUGAAGGCUAGGAUUAUAAAUUUGUUGAUGGAGUAUGUAGUGAGUGGUGAUACGAAAGAGGCUUGCAGAUGCAUCAACGAUUUGAAAGUUUCAUUCUUCCACCAUGAAAUAGUUAAAAGGACUCUUAUAAUGGCAAUGGAGAGACCGCAAGCUGAAGGACGGCUACUGGAUUUGCUGAAGGAAGCUGUGGAAGAGGGUUUAAUCAACUCAAGUCAAAUAUCAAAAGGCUUCGGUCGGAUGAUUGACACGGUCGAUGACUUAUCACUUGAUAUACCUAAUGCGAGGGAAAUAUUGCAGUCACUGAUCUCCAAGGCAGCAUCAGAGGGAUGGCUGUGUGCUUCAUCUUUGAAGUCACUUAAAGUGGAGCCAGGAAAGCAAGCAUUAGAUGUUGGCUCUGCCAAAAUAUUCAAGAUGAAGGCUCAAUCUACCAUUCAAGAAUACUUCUUGUCUGGUGAUAUAUCAGAGGUAAGUAGUUUUCUAGAAUCGGAAGACAAGACUUGUUCAGCAGAAUUGAAUGCUCUCUUUGUUAAGAAACUGAUAACUCUAGCAAUGGACCGGAAGAGUAGGGAGAAGGAAAUGGCUUCCGUGUUGCUGUCGUCUCUGUAUUUCCCAGCUGAGGAUGUUGUAAAUGGGUUCACAAUGUUGAUAGAAUCUGCCGAUGACACUGCUCUGGAUAACCCAGUUGUGGUUGAGGACCUUGCAAUGUUUUUAGCUAGGGCAGAAGUGGAUGAAGUACUGGCUCCACAACACUUGGAAGAGAUUGGAACCCAGUGUGUAGGGCCGGAGUCAAUUGGGAACAAAGUACUUCAAAUGGCAAGGUCAUUGCUAAAGGCUCGACUUUCAGGGGAGCGGAUCCUAAGGUGUUGGGGUGGUGGGGGAAGCAGCAGGCCUGGGUGGGCAGUCGAGGAUGUCAAGGACAAGAUUGGAAAGCUGCUAGAGGAGUUUGAGUCUGGAGGAGACAUUAGAGAGGCUUGUUGCUGCAUAAAGGAGUUAGGCAUGCCAUUUUUUCACCAUGAGAUUGUCAAGAAAGCUCUGGUGACAAUCAUGGAGAAGAAGAACGAAAAAUUGUGGAGUUUACUCGAGGAGUGUUUUGGCUCUGGACUCAUAACCAUGAACCAGAUGACUAAGGGUUUUGGGAGGGUUUUUGAAUCACUCGAUGACUUGGCUCUGGAUGUUCCUGAUGCAAAGAAACAGUUCACAAAUUAUGUUGAAAGAGCAAAGAUUGCUGGGUGGUUGGAAUCAUCAUCCUAUUUCAGCAAAUCAGAGCAUGCAACGAGCACACACUAAUAGUCCUGAGGCCUUUUGAAGCAAAGAGUUGGAUGUGGCAUGGAUGUUUUUCUGAAGCAAUGGCGAGGAUAUGGAGCCAAUUUAAUGGAGUUUUUUCCUUUCUAGUAUGUGGUAGUUUUUAUCAGGAAACGAAUAGCCCGAAAUUACAUGUACAAACAUCUGGUAGUUUGAUUGAAUUAUUCAUGUACGCAGACAGCCGAUGAGAUUUAUGUGGGAUCUAAACAAGUUUAGACAAACUAGAUAAUUUUACAUCUUUGUGUUGCAUGAAUGUGGAGGCUGAAGUUCUGGGAUGUAUGCCUUUUUUUUCCUUGAAAUUCAUGUAUAUUGCAUGGUAGGUUUUGCUGCA